GUUAACAGUGAAAAUGUAGUGAAAGUUGGCCACAGGCAGGUGGUGAACAUGAUUCGACAAGGGGGUAAUCACCUAGUUCUUAAGGUUGUUACAGUAACCAGGAAUCUUGAUCCAGAUGAUACAGCUAGAAAGAAAGCCCCACCACCUCCAAAGCGAGCUCCAACCACUGCAUUGACCUUGCGGUCUAAGUCAAUGACCUCAGAGCUUGAAGAGCUUGUGGAUAAAGCUUCAGUACGGAAGAAGAAGGAUAUUCUCCCUUCACAUUUUGAAGGUUUGAAGAAGAGGAUUGUUUUUCGAGUCACACUAAAUAAAGUGGAUGAAAUUGUACCAGUUUCCAAGCCAUCAAGAAUUACAGACAAUGUGACUGUGGACUCAAGAGUGGCAACGAUUAAACCGCGGCCUUCCAGUAGAUGCUUUCCUUCAGCUACAGAUAUGAAUUCCAUGUACGAUAGACAGGGUAUUGCUGUGAUGCCACCUACAGUACCUGGGACACCUCAAGGUCUUUUUCUAGGUAUACCUCGGGGUACAAUGAGAAGACAAAAAUCUAUAGGAAUAACAGAGGAAGAACGUCAAUUUUUGGCUCCUCCUAUGUUGAAAUUUACCAGAAGUCUAUCCAUGCCAGACACUUCUGAAGAUAUCCCCCCUCCACCACAGUCUCUACCCCCUUCACCACCACCACCUUCUCCCUCCCUUUAUAACUCUCCCAAAUCUCCAACAUCAAGAAGCUAUGGAACAAUUAAACCUGCAUUUAAUCAGAAUUCAGGUUCAAAGGUUUCUUCAGGUAGAUCUGAACAUAUGGGAACAAUAAUGAGGGACAAAGGGAUGUAUUACAGAAGAGAAUUGGACCGUUAUUCUCUAGAUUCUGAGGACUUGUAUAGUAGGAAUGUUGCAUUGCAGGCAAACUUCAGAAACAAGAGAGGUCAGAUGCCGGAAAACCCAUAUUCUGAAGUUGGGAAGAUAGCAAGCAAAGCUGUUUACGUGCCAGCCAAACCAGCCAGGCGGAAGGGAAUGCUAGUGAAACAGUCUAAUGUCGAGGAUAGUCCAGAAAAGACCUGUUCUAUUCCAAUUCCAACAAUUAUUGUGAAAGAACCAUCUACCAGCAGUAGUGGGAAAAGCAGCCAAGGAAGCAGUAUGGAGAUUGACCCUCAGUCUUCAGAGCAGCCUGGACAGCUCAGACCUGAUGAUAAUUUAAAUGUCAGUAGUCCAUUUGCAGCGGCCAUUGCUGGAGCAGUGAGGGACAGGGAAAAGAGAUUAGAAGCUAGGCGUAAUUCUCCAGCUUUCCUUUCUACAGACUUGGGAGAUGAGGAUGUUGGCCUGUUGCCCCCAACACCACGUGUGAGGCAAUCCAAAUUUACCGAUGAAGACGUAUUUAGUAAUGAAGAUAGUUUUAGGCAACUUAUGUCACCAUCACCAAUUCCUGCACCUAGAGAAUCUGAAAAUCUUUUUAAUAGCAGUGAACCUAGCAACGAAAGUGAUGCAAGGACAUUAAACUCUUCAUCCAUAAAAAAAGUUACUGAAAACAAUAUGGUUGCAACUCAGACCGUUAAUGUGUCCAGUUCGGAUAAUUAUGUUCACCCACUCACAGGAAAGCUAUUAGAUCCAAACUCACCUUUAGCACUUGCGCUCUCUGCAAGAGAUAGAGCCAUGAAAGAACAAACGCAACAACCUCCAGGCAAAGGAGAAACUGGUAAAGCAGACCUUGAUAAACCACUUUAUAUUGAUACAAAGCUGAGAUCUAAUAUUGAAACAACAUUUUCUGUGACUGCUGCUGUUACCAGGCAAAAUACACGUGGCCCACUGAGAAGGCAGGAGACUGAAAACAAAUAUGAAACAGAUAUGGGGAAAGAGAAGAAGCCUGAAGAAAAGAAAAACAUGCUGAUAAAUAUUGUGGAUACUUCACAGCAGAAAUCAGCUGGUUUACUAAUGGUUCAUACUGUGGAUGCAGCAAAGUCUGAUGACACCUUUGAAGAUGAUGAGAAGAGAGUUGAAAUGGAAAUGAACCCAGACAAUUCUCCAUCGGAGAUCCCAGAAAAUAGUGAAGAAGCAAAAAGUGAGUUGAAUGUAUCUGCUACACCUGAGCCACCUGCAUCUCCCUGCAAAACAAUUGUAGCAGCUAGCUCUGUUGAUGACCCUGUCAUUUUGCCAUUUCGCAUCCCUCCACCUCCUUUAGCAUCUAUUGAUAUUGAUGAAGAAUUUAUUUUUACUGAGCCAUUACCUCCUCCCUUAGAAUUUGCUAACAGUUUUGAUAUCCCUGAUGACCGUUCAGCUCCAGGUUCUGCUGUAACAGACUUACUUAAGCAAAGAAAAAAUGGAACACCUACAUCUGUUUCAUUUAACCCCAACCAAUCAACGAAUUCUUUAGACAGUAAAAAACAAGUGGGGCUUUCAAACUGUUUGCCUGCCUCAUUUCUGCCACCCCCUGAAAGUUUCGAUCAUGUCACCGACUCUGGGAUUGAGGAGGUAGACAGUCGAUCUAGUAGUGACCAUCACUUGGAGACAACCAGCACUAUCUCAACAGUGUCCAGCAUCUCUACCUUAUCCUCUGAAGGUGGUGAGAACUUGGAUACUUGUACAGUCUAUGCAGAUGGGCAAACAUUUCUGGUGGACAAACCCCCAGUACCUCCUAAGCCAAAAAUGAAGCCCAUAAUCAACAAAAGCAAUGCACUUUACAAAGAUGCUCUAAUUGAAGAAACUGUAGACAGCUUUGUUAUCCCUCCACCUGCUCCACCCCCACCUCCUAUCAUUGCACAGCCCAGUACGGCUAAAGUUUUACAGCAAAGGACCUCUAAGCUAUGGGGUGAUGUAACUGAAGUAAAAAGCGCAAUUCUCUCAGGCCCAAAGGCUAACGUUAUUAGUGAAUUGAACUCAAUACUACAACAAAUGAACAGAGAGAAAUCCUCAAAGCCAGGGGAAGGGUUGGAGUCGCCUGCUGGAACAAAAACUGCAAGUCUCAGUACAAGGAGCACAGAAGUCAUGAGUACUGUCUCAGGUACACGAAGUACAACCAUCACUUUUACAGUCCGGCCUGGAACCAGCCAGCCCAUCACAUUGCAGAGCAGGUCGCCAGACUAUGACAGUAGGACAUCAGGAGCGAGACACGCUCCAAGCCCUGUGGUUUCACCAACAGAAAUUAACAAAGACAUCAUGCUUGCUCCUCUGACUGCUGCUGCUUCCGCUUCAUCUCCUUCUCCAACUCUAUCUGAUGUAUUUAGCCUACCCAGCCAGCCUCCUUCUGGGGACUUAUUUGGCUUGAACACAGGACGCAGCAGGUCUCCUUCUCCCUCAAUAUUGCAACAGCCAAUCUCAAAUAAGCCUUUUACAACUAAGCCUGUCCACCUGUGGACUAAACCAGAUGUGGCAGAUUGGUUGGAAAGUCUAAACUUAGGUGAACAUAAAGAGACCUUCAUGGACAAUGAAAUAGAUGGCACCCAUUUACCAAACCUUCAGAAGGAAGACUUGAUAGACCUUGGAGUGACUAGAGUUGGGCACAGAAUGAAUAUAGAAAGAGCUUUGAAACAACUACUGGACAGAUAAAAAUGGCUACUCUUGCCUCUCAAACUUCUGUUAUAAAUAGAGAUGGGCUGGUACUGAAAUACACAAAAUGUCUUGGCUGUCUGUGAAUGCCAGCAAAAGAAGAAAAGGUUUAAUUUAGCUGCUGGUACUCAGUAAUUCAGACUGUAUGUUUAGUGCCCAAGCUUAAACCCAAGUAAAUGAAAUUAAUGGGGCUAUUUUAUUUCAAAGGUAGGGGUGGGGAGGUGUGGGGUGGAGAUAGAGAAGAAAGUUAAUUGUUAACUUUGAAAUAUUACCUAUCCAUUUAUGAUGCCCUUCAUCUGGACCCAGAACGUGUAAGUUUUUUUUUCUUUUGGUUUAAAACCACAAGCAUUUCAUUUUUGAGCAAAAAAUAACCUUAUUUUAUAUACACCUCUCCCCUGCCAUCCAGGGUAGUCCGUUCUUGACACUCUCUUGUCGUGGAAUCUCAACGUUUUUUUCCCUCUUGGGCUUUUUUGGAUAGAUCCUCAUGUGCUUUACCUUUUUAACCAGUUUUUAAUUAAUAAAUAGCAGAUGCACUACUUCACCCCCUCUUUCACAAUGUCAGUUUGAUCCAGUGUAGAUCUUUGGUUUGUUGGCAGUGAAGCUGAUAGUGCUGUUGGAGACUCUUGUUCAAAGGUAACUGUUCUGCUUUACUUAGGUAUUUCUUUAUUUCUGCGUUUAUAUUUAGCACAAUUCCAAGGUAGCAGAAUAGGUUUUAAACAUGCUGUACUGACCUGAUAAGUAGAAUGUGGAAACUAUGUAUAGAUUGGAAGAAAAUUCUCUGAGAUCCCAUGAAAUGAGGCUAGUUUGAACCAGACACCCCCAUUUUGCAACCAGAUAAACUGCUAAUGAGGCCCAACAUAUACUAUAUGAGCAAAUUAAAAUGUGGUUGUGAAGUGUUGGCUAUACUUAUCCAUGUGCAUCUUUUAGACUUUAUAGUCAGAUUUUUCAAACAUGCUGAGCCCCCACAGAUUCUGCUUAAUUCAUUGAGAUGCAAGUACUCAACUGAAAAACUGGGAUAUAAGACGGGAUAUUGCUUCCAUGGAAGUUAGUAGGAAUGCUGCCACUGACAACUGGGAGCAGGAUUGGGGCCUGUUAGUAGAAAUAAAAAUGUUUUGAGCACGUGAUCACCUACAGUUUAAAAAAUAUUUAAAGGGUAAAUGUUAACAAAGGAGGGGACGUGGUGUCCUAGAAUGCAAGUGUUCCAAAGGGCCAGGAAAACAGGUCCAGGUUUAUGGGCUUGGUUUAUCAUUUCCUGGCUAGCCUGGGUUGGGCUGUUGGUGGAGGAAGCAUAGUCAAUGCCUAAGCAGGAGCAGAAAGCUUCCCAUCACACUCAAGUGACUUCUUUACUGUGUUCCAAAAUUAUUAGUAGCGGGGUCCGGAGAGCAAUCCGUCAAGCCCUGAUCAGCAUUACAGACGAUUGGCCCACUUUGGGGUUGAUUGUUGACUGCUUCUGCACUCUGUGUACCCUGGGCAUACACAGUUUUGGCAGAUUUGACUUUUUUUUUCUUUAAAGUUAACAAUUUUCUCUCUAUCUGACCCCUUUUAUAAUUAACACCUCUUAAUUUCUGUAGGAGUUUUGUGGGUCUUACUUUCUGAACGUUCAACCUGUUCAAGGCAGGCACAUCAUGUAUGGACAGCCAGACUCUCAUCCUACCAUACUAUCAGGUUCUCCCACCUUUUGGAAGGUUCCUGAUUUUUUUUUCCCUUGCUAUGGUCCAGCCUCUCUCUAAUUAUAAUUUUUUUUCUGCUCACAGUCAAGUGUCUAAUUAGGUCUGCAACAGCCCUAGAACAAGUACAUAAAAUUUAGCAAUUUAAAUACCUUUCUUUACUGCAAGUUUAAAUAGUUGUACAGAUAGUUUAUAAGCACAAUAUUUUAAGAAAAUAAGUGGCUGGUCUACUGGGCAGCCUUUGUGCCACUUCAGUGCUAGAAUGUUAAAAAAAUAAAAAAAAAUAAAAAUUUAAAAAAAAGUAAAAAAACACUUUUGUGGUUUAAUACUAUUUCUGUGGAAUAAUAAGUCUUGACCUUUUUAAAUCAACCUCAUUUGGAUGCAUCUGAACCAGCAGAGCUGUGUUAUAUUUUCUAUUUUUCCUAGAACUUCUUCAAAGGAGGAUUGAAUACUUCUUCAAAAGUGAUUACACAAUUAACAAUGCAUUAGCAAAGCAACUAUUCAACCUGCUGCCCCCUUUAUGGAACAAAUCUUGACUUAACAUCUGUUACUACACCCUUUGCAGGUCUAUAUUUGUAUAUGAAAGUUCCAAGUAACCUUGUAAUAAAAAUCAGUAUUGAGGCAUUUUACUUUCAAGAGUACUGAGUUUUUCCAUAGUUACAUGGCUAUUGUUGUAGAGAAUGACAUUUUUCAUUCAGAUAUUCAAUAAUGGCACCUUAGGGCCAUCAAAUACUUUAAAAAGUGUAAAAAUGGUAAUUCAGCCAUUAUUGUCUUCCAUUUGGUGAUAUUACAGAAUUCAGUAAAUAAACCACUAAUGCCAUGCUCCUUUUUAUUUCUUUGACUACAGUUGGUAUUACCUCUAUAAUAUGUGCCAGAAAAUACAAUAGAUAAUACGGUAGUAAAAGAAAAUGUAGAUGAUGACUUUUAAGAUGCUUUUUAAUCACAACCUUAUUGUUGAAUUUAGGUUUAAUGAGUGCUGACAUACACAAGUAAAUUACAGCUGAUGGUAUCCUUUUCUUAAACAAGUGUUUCUUGCUUAUGUAUCUUUUCAGGCACUUAAAGAAUAGGUACAGUAUAAUUAGUAGAACAGAGAUUAAAAACACUAAAGAGCUAAUGAAAUAGUUUAUUUUUACAUUGUGUCUUAUGAUCUAAAGGGUAACAGGACCUACUUUUACCAAUAAAAUACACCUCUGCCAAGAUGAAUUGGUCUCUAGCUCUGUUUGAUGACUUUGCUACAGAAAGCAAUAGUAACAGAUAAAACUCCUAGUAUUUUCAUCAGUUUUGGAAAUGUUGGGGUGGGGGAAUGGCCCUAUUUCACACUACUAUGAUAGUGGAGAAGAAAAUGUUAGAGCUCUAUGAAACAUGUUAUGAUAUUCCAGGUUUUAGGAUCAACUUUUGUUUAUAUACUGUAAUUUAAAUAAAUUGCAUUUACAUGCCUAAUUUCUGUAAUAUUUGUGUAUACAAUACCAAAAUCACACAAGAUGUAAAUUGUGUAUAACUGCAGACUCCUUUUCCUGAGUGUCUGGGAACAUUUUAAGUUUAAUUCAUAUAUUAUAAAAUGACUAGAUGUGACUGUUGAUUUACAAAAUUUACAUAUCACAAAAGCUAAUUAUUUGUGGUACUUAAGUUAAUAAAAAUGGUGAUUUUCUGAGUUCUUAAACGAGCAUUACCCAGUUGAUCUGGCAAUGAUUGUGUGUAAGCCACAAAUAUUGAUAAUUUUUCCAUUACAUUUUUUCUUUUCUUUUCUAGAUAUUAAUGUUUCUCAAUAUAGUUUGUGUAACAAUUUGUGUUCACGUUAUCUAUGUUGCUGUAAUUUUUGUGCUUUAAUUCCUCUUAUUUCGAAUUGAUUAAAAAUCAAGCUCCUGUAACUUGCACUUUCCCUGAUCCUUAAUACUCUUGUAUGGCAACCAAAAUUCCUGUAAGAAAUAAAUAUAAUAUUGCACUAA